AUGUACAGUAGAAUUCUCUGGCUCUACGCUUUCUCGGCGCUACUGGUACGCGGAGAACGAGAGUUAUUUGAUAAAAAAUGCAAACGUACUUGUAAUACAAAAUAUGGUACGAUGAAAUGUUGGCAAUCGACCAUCGAUGGCUUUGCAUACGGUUUAUCAACAACUAUGGUUGAUUAUUGUCAAGUCACUCUACUGCUGAGUCAAACAAAAGAUGAAAAACAAAAACUUUCCUGGUAUAAUACCAGUCGUGAUAUCUUAAUAGAACAGAUCAAUGGCUAUAAUCUCGACAAAAGGGAUCGUCAAUUAUCAAAACAUGAUGUAGAACAAAUUGCGACAACAUUGCUCAAUAAAUGUUUCAAUUCACCGCUGACAAUAUCUUCUCCUCAACCAGCGUGUCCAUCAUGUUCGAAAGAUGAAAAAAGAUCAAUCAAACAAUGGAAUCUCAUCUCUUUAAUAUCUUUCACAAUUUCUCUAUUUCUCAUACUUGCUAUCAUUGUUAUGUACAUUUUUCAAACGAAAUCUACUCAUCGAUCGUAUCAAUCAAUCGGCUAA